UCUGUAGGACUUCACAAUAGCUAGCUAUGUCUCCCAGUGUGGUCAGUGGUAAUACAAGCACUUGUUUGUUAGACUAUUCAUUUCCUGUGCUGCAGAUUGCUACACAUACUAGCAUCUCUAUGAUUAUUAUAUCAGCCAAGCACUGAAAAGAUUGUGCAGUGUGGAUGCAUCCCUCAUCAGCCAUGAAUGUGCAGACUGCAUCUCUUCUCUGUGCCCUUGCUGGAGUAGCUGUCUACCUCAAUACACUGCACAAUGACCUGGUGUUUGAUGAUAUUCCUGCUGUGAAGUACAAUAAAGACUUGCGUCCUGAUACACCAUGGAGCAGCCUGUUAGUGCACGAUUACUGGGGUAGCUCAUUGGAGAGCCCAACCAGCCACAAGUCAUAUCGUCCUCUGUGUGUGGCCACGUUCCGACUCAACUAUCUGUUGGCCGAGUUGGAGCCCAUGGGCUAUCAUUUGGUCAACAUUCUCCUCCAUGGAGUCGUGUGUUACUUGUACGUUCACCUGGUCAGUCUAGUCUGCAGUCAAGUGUGGCCAGCACUGAUAGCAGGACUCCUCUUUGCAGUCCACCCCAUACACACUGAGGCUGUGGCUGGAGUGGUGGGCAGAGCUGAGCUGCUGGGUGCAGUGUUCUAUCUCCUCUGUAUUCUCACAUAUAGACGCUGUCUCAGAUCACAAGGUGUGAGUGUUGUGUGGCUAGCAGUGAGUCUAGUGUGUAGUGUGCUGGCUCUACUGAGCAAGGAGCAAGGUAUAACAGCUCUCCCAGUCUGUGUAGCAAUGGACUUCCUAGUACUGCACAAGUUGAACCUUGUAUGGUUUCUGCGCCCUCCUCCCCCUGAUCCUGAUAGCCAUACCCACAAUAAGGGGAACAUGAGACCUUUCUUUGUACGAGGGAUUGCCGUGGGCGUCGUUGGACUGGUUGCCAUAGUUACACGGAUAUUGAUAUCAAACGGACAGCCAACGGCAAUGUUCAAAGAUAGGAACAUCAACCCUCCACUGUCCCUCUCCUGGCCAUGGAGACAGUUGAGUUGGUCUCAUCUAGUAGCCGUCAACUCUUGGUUAGCCCUGUGCCCCUCCCCCCUCACAGCAGACUGGCGCUUUGGUGCCGUCCCCCUCACACUAUCACUCGCCCACCCCCACAACCUACACACACUACUCACACUACUCACACUCACUGGCUUGACAACCUUUGCCCUCUACCGACGAUGGGGGACAGUGUUGUUUGGUCUGAGUCUGCUGGUGUUCCCGUACGUGCCAGCCUCCAACCUGUUCUUCCCUGUUGGGUUUGUUGUAGCAGAGAGAGUACUCUACCUGCCCAGCAUGGGACUAUGUCUACUAGCAGCACACGGACUAUGGAAACUACUGCAACACACACGAACAAAGCAAUCACUGAAUAUAAUGAUCAAAGCAGCUCUUGUAUUCCUCCUGCUAACACACACUGUUAAGACAGUGCACAGAAACAGUGACUGGAAGGACAGUCUCUCGCUGUACAAGGCUGGUGUCAAGUUGAACCGUAAUAACGCUUUAUUAAUGAGCAACAUUGGUCUGCAGUACGUGAUGGCAGGAGACUAUGAAGCAGCUGUCAAGUUCUAUGAGGCUGGGAUGACAGUGUCCCCUAACUACACUGGUAAUUACUACAACUAUGGCAAGCUCAUGAACAUGGCGCAACAGUUCCAUAAAGCAGAAGAGCCUCUGAGGAUGGCUAUUUCAGUAGCGGAGACUACAGGCAGUGAAUUCAACCGUCUCCCAGAGAGCUACCAUCAACUCAUUCAAACAUUGCUAUCACAUCCAUCACGCCUUCACGAGGCUCACACUCUUGUAGACCACGCCCUCACACACCACCCACACCACACACACCUACACAUGGACAAAUGUCACAUCAUGGAUGCAUUAAAUCUCACUCAAGAUGCAGUUCAUUGGUGCAAGGCAGCAUUGCGACUGAAACCCUCCUCUGUGCGUGGUCACUACCUCCUGGGUGGUCUGUACUCACGCCUGGGUCGGACUGAAGACGCUGAAAGUGUGUAUCGGGAGUUGCUGGUAUUGGAACCAGAGAGUGUAGGUGGGCAGAGUCAACUAGCGACUGUAUUGCAGCAAAGGGGUGUGGUCAAGGAUAUGAAUGAAGCAGCAGCUCUCUGGGAGGAUGUGUUGACCUUUGACCCUCACAACAUAGACGCUCUCCUAAACCUUGCGCUGGUUCAAGAAUCAUUAUCCCAAACACAAGCGUCAGUGGACUCCAUUAAUAAAGUUCUCCAGUUGCAGCCAUUUAAUAGACAAGCACUCUACCAAGUUGCCGAGCUGUUGUAUCGUCACGGUAACAUGGAAGAAGCCUCAAGAGUGCUCACGCGAUUAUAUAGCAUUGAUAAGUUAUAUAUGGAUGUGGGGGUGCGGUUAGCUAGAGUCAACAGCGAGCUCCGAUCACAACCAACUGGAUAACGUUAUUAUUAUGCAUUAUCCGAUUUGUUUGUCCAUUAUUUUUGUGUGUGUAUGUUUCAUUAUGAUAUUAUGAUGUCAUUUCGUAAGUUUACUUUUGUACAGGUUUUCAAUAUGUUCAAUCAACAAACCCAUUUCACAA